AUGAUUUCGAGAUCGUUUCUCGCGAGAAACGCGCAGCAGGCCGCCCGCAGGUCCUGCAGCGUGCGCCCGACCCAGCAGCGAGGCUUCGCCGCCGCCGCAUCAGCUGGUGCCUUUGAAACCACUGAUGCCAAUGGCCUCAAGGUAGCUUCCAGGGAGACUCACGGUCCUACCACCAAGCUUGCCAUUGUUGCCAAGGCCGGUACCCGUUAUCAACCUCUUCCUGGCCUGACUGUUGGCCUCGAGGAGUUUGCCUUUAAAAACACCCAAAAACGAUCUGGCCUGCGCAUCUACCGCGAAUCCGAGCUUCUUGGUGGUCAAUUGACUGCCAGCCACACCCGUGAGGCCCUUGUUGUCGGCGCUAGCUUCCUCAAGGACGACCUCCCCUACUUCGCUGAGCUCCUUGCCGAGGUUGUCACCCAGACCAAGUAUACCACCCACGAGUUUCACGAGGAUGUUGAGCGCGUCCUGCACCUUCGCCAGGCUAUUAACAGCUCCAACGUUCCCGCUAUUGCCCUCGACAACGCUCACGCUGUCGCUUUUCACACCGGUCUUGGAGCACCUCUUACUCCCUACUCAGCUGUUCCCGCCCAAAAGUACCUGAACGAGGAACACGUUGCCAGCUACGCCGACGCUGUCUACACUAAGCCCAACAUCGCCAUCGUCGCUGAGGGUGCCAACACCGAGACUUUGUCCCGCUGGGUCAGCCAGUUCUUCAAGGACGUCCCCGCCUCUUCCCAGAGCGGCCAGUCUCUCAAGGCUGAGGCCACCAAGUACUUUGGCGGAGAGCAGCGUAUCGCCAAUCCUGCCGGAAAUUCCAUGGUCAUUGCUUUCCCUGGCUCCGACAUCAACGCUUCUAAGCCCGAGAUCGCGGUCCUGGCCUCGCUCCUCGGCAACCAACCCUCCAUCAAGUGGUCCCCCGGCUUCAGCCUGCUUUCCAAGGCCGCUGCCGCCACACCCGGUUUAUCCGCCUCUGCUUCCAGCCUCGCGUACUCUGAUGCUGGCCUGCUGGCCAUCCAACUUACUGGCGCUGCCGCUUCUGUUCGCAAGGGCGCUGAGGAUGCCGUCAAGGCUCUCAAAGCCAUUGCUCAGGGCUCCGUCAGCAAGGACGAUGUCAGCAAAGCUGUUGCGAACGCCAAGUUCGAUGCGCUUGACAAGGCCCAACUCCGCGACUCCAGCAUCCUGCUGGCUGGUAACGGCAUCAUCAGCAACGGCAAGCCUCUGGAUAUUGCCAGUAUUGGCCAAUCUUUCGAUGCCGUGAACGUCGAUAAGCUGAAGACUGUUGCCAAGACUCUGCUUGACGGCAAGGCCACGGUCUCCACCGUCGGCGACCUGUUCGUCCUUCCCUACGCUGAGGAGAUUGGCCUUCGGGUAUAA